AUGGGUCCUGAUCAGCAUGCUCAAUUGGAUGGCUUCAGUCUUUUCCUUCCCUUCCCCUCGCGCGUGGCGGUAAUCUUACUGGCUGGGUUCUGGGGAUGGGGUGCCAAUCUGCAGUAUCUCUCAAAAGCGAAUAUUGACGUUCCCUCUCUCAUUCGAUACCCCCACCGCCAGUCAGCUAGCCAUCCACCUCAUUACAUCUCCGCCUACCGCUUAGCUACUCUCCUGACCAUUCCUCUCGUGAUAUCACUUCUCAUCUUCUGGCCCGUCACCCACGGUUCCAGACAACGUGUCGAGUCGUUGGAUUACAUCCCGCAAUCAUACUUCUUCAUUGCCGCGAUCAUUCUGAUUCAGCCCUUCAUACGGGUCGCGCGCUCAGGCCGAUUCCGCCUGUUCACUACUUUGAAGCGCAUCUGUGUUGGUGGAUUGGCGCAGCCCCAAGAUGGCAAGUUUGGGGACAUUCUCCUGGCUGAUGCCUUGACAAGCUACUCGAAAGUUCUAGGAGAUCUGGUUGUCUCCUUCUGCAUGUUCUUCACCGGGGAUCUGGGCAGUACAUCGAAACCGAAUCGUAAAUGUGGGAACGACUACCUGAUUCCACUUGUCAUCUCCAUUCCCAGUAUGAUCCGCCUACGUCAGUGUCUCAUCGAGUACUUCCGUGUAUGGCAAGGCGGUCACAAGAAUGGGAACACGGGGGGCCAACAUCUGGCUAACGCAUUGAAAUACGCUACCGCAUUUCCCGUCAUCAUGCUCACGGCAAAAUUGAGGAACUAUAACCCCCUGGAGUUCUAUGGAAUCAGAGAGACCGGUCUCUCACGACUUUUGUUUCUCUGCACUCUAACCAACUCCGCAUAUUCAUUCUACUGGGACGUCACCAAGGAUUGGGACCUGACCCUUCUGUCGCCCUUGCGCGACAGUCCAGAGUAUCCGUUUGGCCUCCGUCGCCACCGGUUCUUCGCUGAUCGUCAGUACUACGUUGCCGUUGGCAUCGACUUCGUCAUCCGCUUCUCGUGGCUCGCGAGAUAUGUGCCAGGUCUCGGCUGGCUAAGUGACACGGAAUUCGGAAUUUUUGUCCUCAUGUUUCUCGAGGUCGCACGCCGAUGGAUGUGGAUCUUCCUACGCAUAGAGACCGAGUGGAUCAGGAACAGCCGCGGCCCAGCUCCGGAUGAUAUUCUGCUCGGCGAGUUCAGCGGUAAGCUGGAUGCGGACUGA